AGAAGUAAAAUUUUAAACAACGAAAAUUGUAAAUUUAUUUUCAGUUUAAAUGGUUGCUCAAGGGUUAUUGGCUUAGUUGCAAAAAUAAACUUUGUACAAAGUUUGCAGUUCAGGUGAAUCUUUCAGUUUCUCGUGAUCUUUAAUUCUUUACAGUUGAAAUUUUCAGUUAAAAAAUAAAUUUGACAGUUAAAAUAGUAGAAAUGUAAUUUUGAAGGAACAAUGUUUGUACAAUGAAUGCAAUUGAAGAAGAGUUUCUAAAUAUGAACCGAUGAUGAUAUAGCUUUGUUGACGAAUUAAGGCUCUCGUUUUAUAAAUUCAUUGAGCUGGUUCAUUGUCUUUAAUGUGUAUCGUAUUAUUAGAUUUUACUUCCUUUAUUGACGUCUAGUAGAAAAUCUUCCUUUGUAAUGUUUAAAUCAAGCGCCACUAUGUUCCUGAUUCUCAUGGGUAUUUUAUAUUUAACCGAUGCCCAACAAAUUGAUGACUCUGACUAUGAUGUAGAAUAUUACGAUGAUUUUUCAAAUCAAUUAGAAAAAAAUGUUGAAACUAAACUGUCAAUGGAGAAUAAUGGCGACUUUUACAUAGUUAAUGAAAAAGUGGGAAAUUCCGAAUUCUAUGAAACAGGAAUUAAUGAUAAACGAGAAUUCGAUAAUCGAAAUAUUAUCGACACGUCGGCAAAUAAAUAUUCACAAAUUUUCUUUGUUGAUUCUUUAAAAACAGCAACAUCAUCGCCCAAGAGAGAAAUUUGGCACGAGAAUGAGGAGAAAAUUUAUCGUUACACAAAACAUCGAAUUCCCGGUUACGAUUAUGAUGAAUUGGACAUAUUUGGCGAUAGUGCUGAACGGAAAUGCAAUGAGAAAUCAAUUUGGACACAUUGUCUUUGUCAAUUCACUUGCGAGGAGCAAAAUUCCGUUGAUUGCUUUUUGCCAUGUGAAAGUGGAUGUGAAUGUAGAGAAGACUUUGUCUUUGACAAAAGAACAGGAAAAUGUGUCUUGCCAUCGGAAUGUGAAAUGCCUGUCGAUUAUUUUUACGAUUUCGAGACAUAAUUUUAAUAAUUCAACAAUUUUAAGUAAUUCAUUUAAUAUUUUUCAUUGUUGUAUUUAUAAUAAUAAUUUUCAGGCUAUUGUAACUUUUUCUAUUUUUUAAUUGUGGAUAUUAUUUUGAAAAAGAAAGAAACGAAACAUGUUUUGAAAAAUUUUUUCAAAUUUUUACUCCUACAGAAUAUACUUUUCUUGGAUAAUGUUAAAAAAUAUUUAUUUUUACUUCUAGGAAUAUUAAUAGAAUUUGGUGAAUUU